UAUGUGCCUAGUGGAAUUUCCAACUCAACCGUGCUAAAACAGUCGGUCAUGGUCAUUAGGUCGAUUUUGCGUUGUGGUGUGCACGUAACUAGUUCCCGGUGUACGUUUCUUCGAGCGUCUCAAUUUUUUUCGCCGUUACUAAAAAUUAACACCAUGGCUUAUACUACCGUGGAAAGAGGAAAUCCUUUUUCACCAAACUACAGAGUUUACAUACAAGAUAAAAAUGGACCUGUUUCGCCUUUACACGAUAUACCGCUUGUCGUGGAUGCCGCAAAAAAUAUAUACAACAUGAUUGUGGAAGUUCCCAGAUGGACGAACGCAAAAAUGGAGAUCACAAUGAAGGAAAUUCUGAACCCCAUCAAGCAAGACAUCAAAAAGGGAAAGCCCAGAUUCGUUGCAAACUGCUUCCCUCAUCAUGGUUAUAUCUGGAACUACGGGGCUUUGCCCCAGACCUGGGAAAAUCCAGAACAUUUGGAUGAUGGAACUGGUUGCAAAGGUGAUAACGACCCCAUCGACGUCAUUGAAAUCGGUUACAGGGUGGCCAAAAGAGGUGAAGUGCUCAACGUCAAGAUUCUGGGCACUAUUGCCCUCAUUGAUGAGGGCGAAACUGACUGGAAACUCAUUGCUAUUGACGUAAAUGACCCCAUAGCUGACCAAGUAAAUGAUAUUCCUGACGUCGAGAAACAUUUUCCAGGGCUUCUUAAAGCCUCUGUGGAAUGGUUCAAAAUAUACAAAAUUCCAGACGGCAAACCAGAGAACCAGUUCGCUUUCAAUGGUGAGGCGAAAUCAGCUUCUUUUGCCCACACCAUUAUCGAUGAAGUUCACAGGUUCUGGAAAUCGCUGGUUUCUAAGGAAGUUGAAGCUAAGGGAAUAUCCUGUGUGAAUACCACCCUAGAUGGAAACUCUUUCAAGAUUCCUGUCAGUGAGGCCAAAGAUGUGAUAAACAAAACCCCUGAACUUGGAGAUGCACAUCCAGUUGACACCGUAGUAGACAAAUGGCACUUUAUCCAUUUGAAAUAGGAUUUUUAAGAUUUAUGACUUAUUCAAAAUAAGUUCAAAUGACUGCAUGCAUUUAUCGUUUUUCCAUCAGGACCAUUCUUGGAUUUUAUAUAUGUUUGUUAGUAAUAAAUGAACGUCAACAAA